UACUAGCAGGAAAAUCCCGUUUGUUCAAAACAACAAAACGAUUAAAUCGUUGCCGAUCAAACCAAAACAAAAGUUGGCUAUAGUUUUGAAUUAAAAUGUGGUUGUUUUUCAAAACAAGUGUUGGUUGUUGAAAAAACAAUCGGCUGAAUCAAAGCAGAAUUGUAAUUGUCACUCAUAUUUUUACGUUUCGCCUUCGACUCAUCAGUGCAUCGGCAGAUUAUGUUGAAUUUCUAAUGCAACCCCACGGAUCAACAUAAUCCGCUGAGCAGACGUAAAGUUAAUGCUUAUUUGUGUAGGACAUUGUGUCUAGACAACAACAACAACAAAUAAUCAACAAACUAUAAUAUUGAACAAUAUUAAAUACCAAUAUGCAGGUUAAUAAUUGUUCAUCAGAAAAUAUCACAAAAUGCGAACCCGAGGAUUUGGAGCGAAUUGCGUACGAUUCAGGCAACUGCAAUGAAGUUUCACGAAGUGAUAUGCAAACUUGCAAUGCACCGGAAUCAUCGAAAUCUCCAGAACCAGUUAUUGAUGCGUGUAAUGAAGAAAUUAGUAACGAUACGGAUUUGACGAACCAAAAAAGUAUGCAUACCGGUGAGCGACCAUACAAAUGUACGGAAUGUGAAAAGGAUUUUGCCGCUAAAGCGUACCUAACUAUGCACAUGCGUAUCCACAAAGGUGCUUAUAGACAUUGGUGUGAUGUGUGCGGCAAAGGAUUCAUGCUUAAAUUACACUUGAAAGACCAUGAAUACAUACACAGAAAUGAACGGCCGUAUAAGUGUACUAUAUGCGAAAAAGAUUUGACCAGUAAACUUGCUUUUACUAGACAUAUGUCUACUCACUCCGACGGGUAUCAGUAUACGUGUAAUGUUUGUGGCAAAGGCUUUCAUAUUCGUACGAAUUUCAAGAGUCACGAACGCAUUCAUUCAAGUGAGCGACCGCACAAAUGUACGGUAUGUGAGAAACGAUUUGUCACCAAAGGCUACCUAACCAAGCACAUGCGUAUUCAUAAAGGUGCUUAUCGGCAUUGGUGUGACAUAUGCGGCAAAGGAUUCAUGAUCAGAUUACACUUCAAAGAUCAUGAAUCCAUGCACAAAGGGGAACGACCGUAUAAAUGUACUAUAUGCGAAAAAGACUUUUCCAGUAAACUUGGCUUUACUGGACACAUGUCUACUCAUUCGGACGAGUAUCGGUAUACGUGUAAAGUAUGUGGCAAAGGUUAUCAUAUCCGUUCAAAUCUCAAGAAUCAUGAACGCAAUCAUUCCAUUGAGCAACUGUUCAAAUGCAGCGUAUGUGAUAAAGCUUUUCGACUCAAAAAAAGUCUUGACAUACACAUGCGUCUUCACACAGGCGAGCGGCCUUUCAUGUGCACUGUUUGCGGAAAAGAUUUUCUCACCGUGUCUAACUUAACUAGUCACAUGUCUACUCAUAAGAGCGUAGACAGACAUAAAUGUGAUGUGUGCGGAAAAACGUUCAGAAUUAAAUCACUCCUGAAAGACCACGAAUACAGCCAUACUGGCGAACGGCCCUACAAAUGCACUGUAUGUGGAAAUGAUUUUGCCUCUAAGCAUUGCCUUAUCAAACACAUGCAUAUUCACACGAGUGACUACAAGCAUAAGUGCGGUAUUUGCGAGAAAGAAUUUAUGAUCAAAGCACACUUGACAGAGCAUGAAUACACCCAUACAGGUCAGCAACCCCAUCAAUGCACCGUGUGUAGCAAAGGUUUCUCGCGCAAAUCCAAUUUAACCAUACACAUGCGCAUCCAUACGGCCGAACUAUCCUUUAAAUGCUCCAUAUGUGACACCAAAUUUACCUCUAAACUGUCUCUAACGAGACAUACGUCGGUACAUAUGGGAGAUUAUCGUUAUAAGUGCGAUAUGUGUGGCAAAGGAUUCACUGCUAGCUCAUAUUUGAAGAUACACGAGCGCACUCAUACUGGCGAGCGACCGUACAAAUGCACCGUAUGCGAAAAAGAUUUUGCUACCAAACUUGGUCUCGCAGGACACAUGCCCACUCACACGGGUAAUUAUCGAUACAAUUGUGAAGUGUGCGGCAAAGGCUUUCAGGACCUUUCCAACAUGAAGAAGCACGAUCUCAUCCAUACAAAUGCGCGACCGUUUGCAUGCAGCGAAUGUGACAAAUGUUUCAAUCGCAAACAUCAACUGAAACAACAUAUGCGCCGCCAUACCGGUGAACGACCGUAUAAAUGCACCGUAUGCGGAAAAGAUUUUAUCACUAGCUCCAGCCUCACCCAUCACAUGACUAUUCACAAGGGCGAUUACAGCCAUAAGUGCGAGGUGUGCGGUAAAGGUUUCGUAAAUAAAUCACAACUAAAAAUGCACGAACGCAGACAUGAACGGCCACAUCAAUGCACCGUGUGUAACAAACGAUAUUCUAACGAAAGUGAUUUAAACGUACACAUGCGGCUCCAUAAGAGCGAACUGACGUAUAAAUGUACCGUAUGCGAGAAAAAUUUUUCCACCAAACCUGCUCUUACUAACCAUAUGUCCAUUCACACGGAUGAGUAUCGUCAUCGGUGUGGUAUGUGUGGCAAAGGAUACGUUAGAAAGUACAGCUUGAAAAAGCACAAUUGCAUUCACAGUGCUGGUGGAUGCUGAUUCGGAAUAAUAAUCUCUGGAAACGUAUCGAAUAGCUUAGUAAUAGUGUAAUAAAUAAUAUGUUGGUUUAAUAAUUAGUCAU